AUGCUUGGGCUAUUCUGUUAUCCUCAAUCAACAAAAAUAAUUUUAAAUCAAACAGUAAAAAUUCAAAUUUGGCUUUCUACUCUUCCACAUCGAAUUUAUGGAAACGAUACUGUUCGAAUUCAAUGGAGGUCAACUCAAUGUACUGAUUGUUUUAAAUGGACAUCUGAAGAAUUAAAUUUCAAUGAUGAAAAUUUUCAAGAAAAACAAAUAUUAGCAAUAACUCGUGUCAAAUAUGUACCUCCAACAACUCUGAUUUCUAUUUUUAACGGCGGAGGUUUUGAUGUUGUUCCACUUGAAAUUUAUCUGAUUUUUACUCAAAUAACAUUUCAAAACUCUUACUGCUGUUCAGUUAUAUCGCGAAAAAAUAAAAAUAUGUAA